AUGCUUGCGCUAGUUACGGUAGCCGUUCUCAGCACAGCUGCAUUGGCCCAGAUAGUGGGUAGUGGAGUGCAAGCCACAGGAUGUACAACUUGUACAUUACCACCAGCCACCAAUCCCUGUAGUACCUGCCAGACAACAGUUCAGUCAGCACCUCCAAUCACCUUCUACACUCCAACGCUAGCUCCAGCUCUAUGGAACGAGUGGGGACCAUUCACACAGUGCACGGUGACCUGUGGCGGUGGUACACAGCGACGUCUACGAGAUUGCAACAAUGGCUGUAGUAAUUAUCUGCUGAAAGAAAAUAGUAUCAAUUCAAUGGGUACCGCGGACGCCGCAAAAGUUGAUGAAAAUGAUCACAUAGAGGAACCAAAAAGAGAACCUGUCUCGUUUGCAGAGCUGUUUCGCUAUGCCAGCAUAAGAGACAAAUUUUACGUGGCUCUUGGAUUCACAUUAUCCAUGGUCACCGGGAGUAUGCUCCCUUUGACUUCAAUUGGAGAAGGCUUAUUUCCUAACAUUUAUCUUACAAAUAAAGAUCAUUAUCUCUUUUCAACUGCUAGUCAGAAUAUGGUACGACGUAUACGAAAAGAAUUUGUGAGGGCUGUUUUGCGACAAAAUGCGGUUUGGUUUGACAAGAACAACGCCGGAAUGAUUACUACAUUACUGUCGGAAAAUAUAACGCAGAUUGAGGACGGCGUAGGUGAUAAAAUGGGAAUGCUUUCGAGAGGAAUUUGCACGUUUCUGUCGAGCGCAGUCAUUGCUCUUAUAUUCAACUGGCGGGUCACUCUUAUUACCAUUGGCGUGGGUCCAGUGUCUACAAUAACAAUGAUGAUUAUGGGAUGGUUAUCAACCUCUGCAAUGAACAAAAUGAUGGAAGUUUCUGCCGAGGCUGGAAGUAUUGCUGAAGAAGCAAUAAUGAACUCAAAAACUGUAGCAGCAUGUAACGGACAAGAUCAAAUGGUGAAGAAGUACAAGAAGAAAAGAAAAGAGAUAUUGCCACAUGCUUUGAAGUGCAGCUUCGUUGCAGGAUUUUUUGAAGGACUUACAUACCUGCAAUUGUACCUCUUCUAUGCUGGUGGCUAUUUAUAUGGCAUUAUCAGUUACUACAAUGGUAUCAUCUCUAAUCCGGGAACAAUCUUUAUUGCAACAGGAGCUGUCAUGUUAGGCUCUUACCUGUUUAGUUUAAUGGGACCUCAUAUGUUAGCUAUUACAAAAGCUAGGAUCGCUGCAGGCAUUAUUUACGAGAUUAUCGACAAAGGAAUAGAGAACGAGCACGAAGACGGGCAAAACAUAACAGAAUGUGAGGGACGUCUAGAAUUCAGAAACAUCCAUUUUAAAUACCCGUCGAGAGAGUCGGAGAUCCUCCGAGGACUUAGCUGGCACGCUGAACCUGGUGAAACUAUAGCAUUCGUGGGAAAAAGUGGUUGUGGGAAGAGUACUUCUAUUGGAAUCCUUACCAGGCUUUAUGAUUGUGCCAGCGAUUCUGUGUUUUUAGAUGGGCGAGAUAUUCAAACCAUUAAACGGACUAGCUUGAGAAAGAUGAUUGGAAUCGUACAACAAGAGCCCUGUCUGUUCAAUGGUACGAUUAGGGAAAAUAUUGAACUUGGUCGUUGUAUUAAUGAGUUGGACAUUAAAGAAGCAGCGCGGAUAGCGAACGCACACGAUUUUAUAAUGAAGUUAGAAAAGGGCUACGACACUGUUAUUGGUGCAGGAGGAAUUGCCUUGUCAGGAGGACAAAAACAACGUUUAGCUAUUGCGCGUGCCCUAGCAAGCAAGCCGAAGAUCCUGCUUCUUGAUGAGGCUACUAGCGCAUUGGACUCCGAAAGCGAGAAAGUAGUUCAGCAAGCAUUGAACAACGCUUCACAUGGUAGAACCACCAUUGUGAUUGCUCAUCGGUUGAGCACACUCAAAGAAGUCAAAAGAAUUUAUGCAAUCAGCGAAGGAAAAGUAGCAGAGGAAGGUACUCAUUUUGAGUUGCUAGAAAAGAAUGGUCUGUACAGCAAACUAGCAAAGGCACAAGAAGUGGGAGUCGACAUUAGUGGGAAAAGGCCUGCAGAUGAUGUAACGGCGGAGCGUACGCGCAUAUCUUCUCUUGCUCGCCGUGAUGAAAGAGCUAGUGCACUGUCCAGACGAUCGCUAACGUCGGUAGCCGUGCAACAAAUAGACGAUACAGUAGAAAUACUUGACAGGGAGAUCAGUCAAAAGGGUGGAGGAAUAUUGAGGGUGUAUUGGUCAAGUAUUCGUUCGCGUCCAGUGUUCUGGGUAUGUCUUAUAGCCGGUGCUUUACGAGGUAUGGAAAUGCCGCUUUGGGCACUCUUCUCCAGUUUUACCUAUCGCGCACUGGAUGAAACAAAGGACACCUACGUUCCAAUUAUGUGGACAGCAGUUGCCGUGUUCAUUGCUCUUGGAGUGUAUUCAUGGAUUUUGAUAAGCACUUCGAUAUCUUUUGGUGGUUGGACAGGUGAAGUAGUCACGACCGAUAUGUGUGUUGCGGUAUUAAAAAGUCUCUUGAGUCAAGAUGCAGAAUUCUUCGAUAAGCCGCAAAGGAGCAAUGCUGCAUGCGUAGCCGAAUUAACCUCUAAAGCACAAGAUGUGCAAGCAUGCCUGGAUUACCGAUUCAUGCUCAUGCUGAACAAUCUUGUCGCUCUUAUUGCCUGCAUCGUGCUGGCUUUUGUGGCUUGUUGGCCUAGUGGAAUUGCUAACUUUGUCAUGAUUAUGGUAUUCACGGCUGCACUUUGGCUUGCUGCAAGUUUAGUUUCAAGAAAUAUAGCGAUGAAAUCUGAAGUGGAUAAAACAACGGAGCAAUCGAUUGAAGUAUUUGAACAUGCACAAACAAUUCAGCUGCUUGCUGCGGAGGACUAUUUUGUGAAAAAAUUUGAGGCUAGCCAAAAUGAUGUGAGGAACCAAGAAAAGAAGACUGCCAUCUAUAAAGCAGUGCAGUUUGCUCUCACUCAAAGUUACGUCUACUUUUCAUCCGUGACGACAUAUGGAUUUGGCGCGCUAAUGAUAUACCUGGGAAGCAUCAGAGCAGUGGAUGCAGUGGUCGCUGCAGCAAGUGCGGCAAUGUCAGGUUGGGCUGUAAUAUUGGCAUCUGAAGCAUUUGGGGAUUUCGCACGAUCACAUGUUGCGGCAAAAACAUUGCAUGCACUUGGAGACUGCUACCGAGAAGAUCGUGGAGAAGCUGAUACCGAAAUCAUGGGAUCAGUCAAGCUUGAGAAGGUAAACUUCUGCUAUCCAUCACGACCGGAGAUAAAAGUGGCAAAAAAUCUCAAUCUCGCGGCUCGGGAUGGAGAAACUAUAGCCCUGGUGGGAGCUUCGGGUUGUGGGAAAAGCACUGUUGUACAACUUCUUGAGAGGUUUUAUGCGCCUAAUAGUGGAUUAAUAAAAGUGGAUGACAUCAAUAUAGAAAAGAUAGACCGUGCUCACUUGCGGAAUAGUAUAGGCCUGGUCGGCCAGGAGCCAGUACUGUUUAGAGGUACAAUCAGCGAAAAUAUCACCUUAGGACUGAAAGAUGUGGGCAUAGAGGAAAUUCGUAGUGUUUGCAGGCAAGCAAAUGCGGCAGAUUUUAUUGAAGCUCUUCCGGAGGGCUAUGACACAGACGUUGGAGAGAAAGGAAGUAAUCUGUCCGGUGGGCAAAAGCAACGAAUAGCUAUAGCUAGAGCGUUGAUUCGUAAACCAAAAUUCUUGUUGCUCGACGAAGCUACCAGUGCUCUUGAUACAGAAAGUGAAAAAAUAAUACAAUCUGCACUAAACGAGGCUAGCCAAGGUCGUACGACGAUAGCUAUUGCUCACAGAUUGAGUACAAUCAGAGAUGCCGACAGAAUUUACUAUAUUGAGAAUGGUUCUGUUGUCGAAUACGGGACACAUGAGGAAUUGAUAGAAGCUGACGGAAAAUACGCAGCCCUUGUUAAAGCGCAGACGCUCAGCAAAACUGAGUGA